AUGGGGAAAGUGAAAGGAAAGCAUCGGUUGGACAAAUACUAUACGUUAUCGAAAGAAUCCGGCUACUGGUCUCGAGCAGCUUUCAAACUCACUCAGCUUGAUUCCAAGUACAACUUCUUCCACUCCUCCCCCACCGUUCUCGACCUCUGCGCCGCUCCCGGAAGCUGGAUGCAAGUAGCCGCCGAUCGUACUCCGGUCAGCCGUUUAAUCGUCGGCGUCGACCGCGAUCCUAUCCGCCCCGUCCGCGGCGCCGUUGCGAUCCGGGAGGAUAUCACCAAGCCCCGGUGUAAAUCCGCCAUCAGGAAAGUGCUCUCCGAUUACGGCCGGAAGGCAUUCGAUUUGGUCCUCCACGACGGUUCUCCGAAUAUCGGCGGUGCUAUGGCCAUGGAGGCUACUGUUCAGAAUGCUUUGGUGAUUUCCGCUGUUAAGCUCGCCGCCGAGUUUUUGGCUCCUAAAGGAACUUUUAUUACCAAGGUUUUUAGGUCUCGAGAUUACUGCGCUGUGCUUUAUUGUCUCAAACAGCUUUUCGAGAAGGUGGAGGUCGUUAAACCGCAUGGCAGUCGAAUGGAAUCCUGUGAAAUUUAUCUUUUGGGCUUCAGAUAUAAGGCACCUGUUAAGAUUGAUCCUCGACUCCUUGAUGUGAAGCACCUGUUUAAUGAAGGCAAACAACCGGCCAAGGUGGUUGAUGUACUUCGCGGAUCAAGGCAGAAGAGACAUCGUGAUGGUUAUGCAGAUGGAGAAACAGUUCUUCGGAAGGCUUUCCCAGCUGCUGACUUCAUUGGUUCCAACAAUCCUCUUGAUAUCCUUGGUUCUGUGACCACCAUAACUUUCGAGGAUCCCGAAUCUUUGCCCAUAAAGAAAAACAGUUUGACUACCGAGGAGGUGAAAGCUUUAUGUGAUGACUUGUGUGUUCUAGGAAAGCAAGACUUCAAGCAUUUAUUAAAGUGGCAUAAGCAAAUGAGACAGGCAAUGUUUCCUAUGAAGGCUACUUCUGGGUCCGAAGAAAGUGAACCUCCAGUGGAAGAUGACCCGGAGGAGAAAGUUUUGAAUGAGAUGCUAGAGUUGAGAAAUGCUAUGGAGCGAAAGAAGAAGAAGGCAAAAAUCCUUGAUGCAAAAAGACGAGCCAAGGACAGAGCACGAAAGGGUCAGGGGAUGCCAUCUGAUUCAGUAAUGGAUGAUUUUGUAGACCAGGAAUUGUUUUCAUUAUCUUCUAUGAAGGGUAAGAAAGAUCUGCUCGCUGCUGAUAACAAUAUGCACGAAGAUGAGUCUAGUGUCUCCGGAAUGAGUGACUGUGAAGGAAGUCGUGACAAAGAAUCAGAUGAUGCAUCACGAAUAGAUACUGAUGAAAGCCGGAAGAGAUAUGAUGAGCAAUUGGAACGAUUCCUUGAUGAAGAUUAUGAACAUAAUGUUGUUAAGAAGGAAGGAAAAACAAAGCAAAGAAGGAGAGCAAAGAAAAAUGAAGGCACUCAUCUAUUUGAAGGUGCUAAUGACAAUGAUAUGAUUGUUUCGGACCAAGAUUCGGACAAUGAUGUGGGUGAUCAUGAAGUGAACCCUCUGUUAGUCCCUCUUGUAGAAGAAAUGCAAACACAGGAAGAGGUAGCAGUCAGGUGGUAUAGUCAAGAUGUUUUCGAUGAGGAUGAUGGCAUGCAGGAAUUUGAAAGUGAUGAUGAAAUGAAGAAGCUGGAUGAUCUCACUCUUGGAGAACAUCUGAAGAAGAUCAAUGAAGCAUCUGAAAAGAAACAGCCUGGAAAGAAUGCGCAAAACUGUUUACAGGAGGCCCAAGUUUCCAAGGCAAGUGAGGAUUUGGAAAUAGUUGCUGCUCCAGCUACAGAUUAUUCCAGCGACUCUUCAUCGUCAGAUGACUCGGAUGAAGAUGAAAUUGAAACAAAAGCGGAGAUAUUGGCUUAUGCCAAGAAGAUGUUAAACAAAAAGCAGCGGGAACUUAUACUUGAUGAUGCAUACAACAAGUACAUGUAUCAUGGUGAUGAUGUUGGCUUGCCAAAGUGGUUUGCUGAUGAAGAAAAGAAGCAUAACCAGCCAAAUAAACCAAUCACAAAAGAAGAGAUUGCAGCCAUGAGAGCUCAUUUCAAGGAAAUUAAUGCUCGACCUGCGAAGAAAGUAGCAGAGGCUAAAGCCCGCAAGAAGCGUGUUACUUUAAGGAAGCUGGAAAAGGUGAAAAAGGCUGCAAACUCCAUAUCAAACCAGACGGAUAUUCAUGAUCGCUCGAAGAGGAGGAUGAUCGAGCAACUUUACAGCAAGGCAAUGCCUAAAAGACCUAGAAAGGAGUAUGUUAUUGCGAAGAAGGGAGUCCAAGUUAAGGUAGAAUUGGACAUCUAUGCUGGUCUUGUUCGAGGGAUUCGAGAAUGGUUGAAGAGACAUUGGAAGGUAUGGUUAGGAAAGGCUAACAGCAAUAGAGAUCCAAUUGUUGCGAAUUUGCAACCGGAAAUGGAAGAUGACCGGAUUAAACUUGAUCCUGAAGCUGCUCACUAUUUCACCAUGACCGAAUUCACAUCAAUUUUCUUGGACGCUACAGACAUCGGAAGGACUGAAGCUUGGAAAGAAAUGAAUCUUGCUAUUAGAUGUAGAGUUCCUGGUAAUUCAAACUUUGUGGAUGUUGAUUCUGACAGUCGUCUCUUCGAAGUCUUGAACUUGCAUGGUUUUGACAAUUUUAUCAAUUUUUGUGUAUCUGACUCUGAUUUCAAUGCUGGAGAUCCUAUUAAUUUGCAUGAGAACAUAGAAGUGGAAUCUGAUCUGCAUGUCAAUACUGAUGGUUUAGCUUUUGGCAAGUCUCAGUUAGGGUUUAGGGACAAUGUGGGUAGUGACAUUGAUAUGUCUUUGUAUAUGAGUUCUGGUGAUUUGAAAUUGUCUAGGGGAUCUGAAGUUUUGGAAAAAGAUAGUUUCUUUGUUAAUACUGUAGUUAUACUUGGACAGUUGCGUGAAAAUGUUGGUAUGACUUCUGGAAAUGUUAUCGGAAAUCAGAGUAUUGUCUUUCAUGAUGUGAAUGACUUGUGUAAGACUGUGAACACUUUUCUGGAUGCUUCUGUGACAAAAGAAAAGAAAAAACGUAAAAGAAAGCUACAUCAAACAAAAAAACCAUGUACGAUGAGGAGAAAUUCUAGAAUCUUCAAUAGUAAAGAAGGUACGUCUACUGAUAAUGUUGAUGAUUUAGUUAAUGAUGAACGUAAUAGUGAAGAUGAGUUAUAUGCUCUGAGUGAUAAUGAUGACAUCCAUCUAGAGGGGGACGACAUAAUGCUCAGCAAAUAUUCAACGGAGGAAUUCGAAAAUGAUGGUGAAAGUGAUAGUGUACUGUCUGACAGCGAGGGUUCAAAUGGUGAUAAUUCUGAUAGUGAUCUUGAGGAGGACCCAAUGAAUGGUUGUUUGAACAGGGAUGAAUUUCAGGUAUUAGAAGGAGAAAAGUUCAAGCUUCUGCCUGCAAGGUGGAUUGCUGAAAAGAUAGAAGCGCUAGUCAGGUCUGAUCGGAAUGUGAAGAUCCAAGUGCUCAGGGAAACUUUAUCCAAAUAUGGAAUUCACCCCUUAAAUCUUCAGCUUUUCAGAGCAAGAACACUAGCAGCAGAAAACGUUGAUGGUAGCCAUGCUGAUUCUUACAAAGCACUGCCCAAGUAUUUUCAAAUGGUUAUGGCAACUAACCCUGGAAGUGUAGCGAAGAUUAAGCGUCAUAUGGGACUACUUGAUGCAGUAAAUAAAGAAGUUCCACAUGCUGUGUGCAUAGAAAAUGCGCUCACCAUAUUCUGUCCAAUUUUUAAAGCACAGUUUCCAGGGUUACUUCUGACGAAACUAUUUUGGAAAGCUUCAAAAGCUUAUACAGAAGUUGAUCAAAAGGACAAUGGCCAAUAUUCAAAGCAUAAAUCCAGCGGCUUAUAA